AUGCACCUCCCCCGCACCCUCCUCCUCACCCUCGCAAGCUCCAGCUUAGCGAGCACCCAACAAACCACCUCACCAACCACCACCCUCACCACCCUCUCACCCUUCUUCAACCCAUGGAACCCCGGACCCGUCCUCCCUUUACCCAGCGAAACGACCGAAGCAGAGAGUCCAGCAGAGCCAACAAAUACCCCUCCGCUUACAACGUUCGCUACGCUGCCAAGCCCCAGUCCCUCGGCAACCCCAAAAGAUACCGAGGGAGCUCACGAAAAGAUGGUUGAAAAGGCUAAAGAACAGUCUCGUCAUGCUGGCGAGAAGGAGAGGAUGUGGAAAUUUCGGAAUUGGGCGAAGGCUUGGGAUAGAAAGAGAAGUGAUUCGUGGAGAUUUGACCCCUGUAUUUGGUGCUGGGAUUGGGAUUGGGAUAGAUGGUGGCACACCUCGAGUUCGGCUUCCCCCUCGAUCUCAACUUCUACUGCGACUGCAACUGCAAUUACAAGUCCUGAGCCAGUAGAGAACCUAGCCAAGAGGUCGGCAAAGGACUGGUAUCCUCCUCACCCUAUUCCUUUUCCCUGGGAUGAAUGGAAUCACCGUUUAGACUCCAUUGCAAGCUACGAGUCUGAGAUGUCGAACCAGACCACUGCCACGCUAACGACCUCAAUUCCAGCUGCAACUGCAAGUCCUCAACCAGUAGAGACCCUAACCAAGAGGUCGACAAAGAACUGGUAUCCUCACCCUAUCCCCCUUCCCUGGGUUCCCAGUUUCGACUGGGAUGAAUGGAAUGACCUUUUAAAAUCCAUUGCAAGCUACGAGUCUGAGAUGUCGACCCAGACCAGCACCACUCCAACAACACUUCCUACAUCCCAGCCCCAAUUCACAAAACCCACGACCUCAAGUCCUCAGCCAGAAGAGACCAUAACCAAGAGGUGGGAAGGGGAUUGGGAACCUAUUCUCCGUCCCUGGUAUCCCCCCUGGGAUCCCAGAUUCAGCCGGACAAAGAUCCACGAAGCCGUAGCAAGCGACGAGUCUGGCAUGUCGACCCGCACCAGCACCACAACCGAACCAACAACACUCCCUACAUCCCAAGCUCAGUCCACAGAACCCACAACCACCCUCGCCCCCCAAAACCGCAGAGACGAACCCUCCCCAGCCUCACCAUCAUCCUCAACAUCCUCAUCAUCCUCAUCAUCCUCAACCCCCACCCUCUCCUUCCCCUCAUCCCUCUACACCCUCACCUCCCCCCGACAUAACUGGGACUCCAUGAUCUCGCGCCUGCAAAACUUCGACGCGUCCGUGUCUCCAACCACAUCCUCAUCCAAAUCCCCAACUCGCGUAGCAAAACCCUCCUUCGCUACCAUCACGAAGCGGAGUGCAGAGAUGCAGGAGACCAGCGAGGUUGUCACCGCGUCAGAAGGAGAAGGAAAAGGAGAAGGAGAAGGGAAAGAAGAACCGAGGAUAGAGAUGGAGAAGAGAGAUUACUUUGGUGCGGAAAGUGGUGGACAUAGGGUUAUGUAUUGUCCCGGCUGGCCGACUGCCACUCGGCACAAUCUGACACACGUGAGUUUCCCCCCCUCUUCCCUCUUCUCUCGUCGCUCUUGUAUUCAGGGCUAGUUAUAUGAUGGAUGAGAUAGGUUCAUGAAAAGUUGCACAGAGACUGAUACUGAUGCUGAUGCUGAUUCUUACAGUUUAAAAUCUGGCAUUUCAGAUGUUUCUGUACCAGAUACUACAAGAUUGAGCGUCAGGACUGCUCGUAUGGAUGGGCCCCUGGUCAGUUUACUGAAUUUUAAAGGGGGUUGGGUUGGGUUUGUUUGUUUGUGUGGUUUUAUCUUUGUUGGCGUUUGGUUGUAUAUGAUAUCCAGG